AUGGGCGACGCGUUGGCCUUCGCCCUCACUACCCCGCGCUGUGCGGCUUCUCCGAGCGGUCCUAGCAACCUGAAAUGCCGCACGAGGCUGAAUCGCGCUGAGCGACGCAGCUGUCCUGGGGCCUUGCUAGCAACAUUCCUGUGCGGUGUGCGCAGUUGCAGCGGGCGAUCAAAGCGACGUGCGUGCGCCAGCCCAGAAGGACCGAGUUCGUCCAAGUGGGACUCGGCAGUGAGGGUUGUCGCGAUGAGCGAUACGCAUGGCUUCCACCGUCGACUAAAAGUUCCUGCCGGCGACAUUCUCAUACACUGCGGAGAUGCGCAGUUUAAUGGCGUUUCAUGGAAGACGAACUUCCGAGAUUUCGUCAACUGGUUUCUGGCACUGCCUUUUCGGCACAAGAUCUUCGUUAAGGGGAAUCACGAGCAGGGCCGAGCGUGGCGUGACGCUCUCGGUGGCUGCUACCUCCGUGGCUCUCGCACAUGUGGCGGUUUGAAGGUCUACGGAGUGCCCUAUGAUUCAGACAGUUGGUAUCAGGAAGCGAUGUCGAUGCAGAUUCCUGACGGAGUUGAUCUUCUCAUCUCGCAUGAGCCGCCGCAUGGGAUGCUGGACUACGCGUCUGCAUCCAGCACCCGGGUUGCCAACAUAGGAUCGCAGAGGUUGAAGCGAUCCUUAGGCAGACUGGCUCGGAGGAAGAAAAGUGUUGGAAGGAGAACAGUUCCUCGCGUCCAUCUCUUCGGUCAUGUGCACGAAGGGCACGGACAUAAACACAGGAAUGGAACACUCUUUGUAAAUGCUGCCAACGCGAAUGCCGGGAAAGCCGUCGGCUUGCAGCAUGGCUGCACGGUGCUGGACCUGGCAACAGAUGGAAGUGGGGAAGUGAGGGUCGCCCGCGUUCUGCGCGGUCAAGUUGCGACCGAUCCCGAAGAAGCCGAUGCAAGGCUGGAUGAUUCGCUGCUAGAGCUGCUCAAGGAGAUGGCGGCAGAGGGGGAGCCCGAGGGGCAAGUCCCAGCCUUGCUGAAGUCCGAGCCAGUGCAGGCGAUCCUUGAGGUCAUGAUCCAGCUGCUGGAUGCAAAUGCAGGCGCCGCCCAGGUGACGCAUCUCAGCUUGGCACGCUUCUUGAGGGCAACUUUGAGUUCCGGCGAUUUGUUUUCAGCCAAGUAG